AUGGCUCCUGAAGUGGCCAAGUCGGAAGAUGUCAAUGAUGUGCAACCUGUGACUACGCCGAGCGUGGCCGAUGGGGAAGUCAUCGACAAGGCCCAAGUCGACCUGCCCGCUGCUGAGGAUCCAGCAGCUCACUUUCUAUCAACUGUUGGCCCGUUUCCACCAAUGACCCCAGUCCAGGAAAAGAAGCUUGUCCGGAAAAUUGACCGUUGGAUGAUACCAUUGCUUUUGUUUAUGUGCCUUCUGGGUGCUGUGGACAAAGUCCAACUGGCUACAGGAGAGCUAUAUGGUUUCAGCGAUGAUAAUGGCCUCGUUGGUCAGCAGUACAGCUGGCUGGGAAGCAUCCUGUCUCUUGGGAUGCUGGUCGGUAUCUGGCCGUCCUCAUAUCUCAUCCACCGUCUUCCCGCAGCCAAGUACCUAAGUGCCUGUUCAAUGUGUUGGUCUCUGAUGACUCUUUGCAUUGCUGCUUGCCAUAAUUGGGCAGGGCUUAUGGUUCUUAGGUUUUUGAUGGGGAUGUUUGAAGCAAUCAUUAGUCCGGGAACCACUCUCAUUAUUUCCGUCUUCUGGAAGAAGUCGGAGCAGCCCAUCCGAAAUGCCAUCAUCCUAAGUGUUUUUUCAUCCGUCGUGAACGGAUUUCUUUCGUGGGUCGUGGGCUUGAUUCCAGGAGAUGCCCCUCUUGCACGAUGGCAAUACCUCUACUUGAUCACCGGGUCCAUCAACGGUAUCUAUUCCAUAGUGCUGCUCAUCUUCUUGCCAGACUCUCCGAUGAAUGCCCGCUUCCUUACUGUCGAGGAGAGAUGGCAUGCCGUUCAGCGACUUGCCGAAAACCGUACCGGAAUCGAAGGCAGCAAGUGGAAGUGGGACCAAGCCCUAGAGGCCAUUUCCGAUGUCAAGACAUGGAUAAUGUUCUUCUUCAACAUUUCACUCAACAUUCCUAACGGAGGUCUCAUCACUUUUGGUGCCAUCAUCAUCAACAACCUUGGGUUUGACCCCCAGACGUCAGCCUUACUUUCUAUGCCCAAUGGCGUGAUUUCAACACUCUCGGGUUGUAUCGCCUCAUAUUGCGCUUCCAAAUGGAACGGACGUCGGACUUUUGUAGUCAUGAUUGCCAUUUGCUUUCCGCUCCUGGGAACGGCCCUAGCCUAUGGUCUUCCGCGCUCCAACUUGGGAGGUCAACUCUUUGGGCUGUACAUGAUGUACUGUUACUGGGGCCCAUAUGUUAGUGGCGUGUCCCUUCCACAGGCUAACACUGCCGGCAGCACCAAGAAGGUUGUUACAUAUGGCAUUAUGCAGCUGGGCUAUAGUGCAGGAAAUCUUAUCGGACCGCAGACCUUCAGAGCCAACCAAGCACCGGCGUAUACAGGUGGUACCGUCGCCAUGCUUGUCUGCUACUGCGUGGCCAUGGCUCUCAUGUUCCUCUACUUCCUUGUGGCGUCUUGGGAGAAUCGCAAGAAACAGGAAAAGUACGGUCCUGCGCAGACAAUCAACGAAGAAAGUCUCGAUGAAUUGUUUGACGUCUACCAGGACCUGACGGAUAAGAAGCAAAAGAACUUCAGAUAUGUACACUAG